AUGGCGGUUGCGCUCAUGCGACGCCGGCGACAACAACGCGAGCCCGACGAUGCGUUUGACAUGACAGAUGACGAAUUUCGGCGGCAUUUUCGACUCUCGAAGGAAACUGUGCGAUGGUUGUGUGGUCAACUGGCCGAGGAACUGGAAGGGGUGCGAGCGACGCGGCUCUCAGUGGAACAAAAGGUGUUGUGUGCGCUGCGCUUCUUUGCGACCGGGAGCUUCCAAGGUUCCGUUGGGAGUGAGACGACGAUUCACAUGGCGCAGUCGACUGUGAGCGAAUGCGUCAAACGCGUCGCUCAAGCUUUAGUGAAAGUGGGCGCGCGAAAUGGGUGGGUGCGCUUCCCGACGACGACCGAAGAAAAGGCGGCCGUGAAAGAAGGCUUCCUUCGGCUCGGCGCCAUUCCGGGAGUGAUCGGCUGCAUCGACGGCACCCUCAUCAGCAUCAAGGCGCCCAAGGGACCCCGCAAGGCUUCUUUCAUGUGCAGGAAGCACUUCUACGCCCUCAACGUUAUGAUCACCUGCGAUGCGGCGAUGCGGAUCCUGGCCAUCGACCCUAUGCGACCGGGGUCAGACCAUGACUCGUUCGUCUGGCAGACGACCUGGCUGCGCCGACGGUUCCUGGCGGGGCGCAUUGCAGAGCCAGGCGAGUAUCUGCUUGGUGACAGUGGCUACCCAUUGGAGCCGUGGCUCCUCAUCCCGGUCUCUGGCGAUCCUUCCGAGCACAGUGUCGAAGGCAGGUUCAACGCUGAGCACAUCACCAUGCGCUCCAUUGUGGAGCGGUGCAUUGGCAUGCUUAAAGCCCGCUUCCGGUGCUUGCAGCGUUACCUCACCCUCCACCACAAGCCAGAGCGUGCUGCUGACAUUAUUGCAGCAUGUGCUUCCUUUCACAAUCUAUGCUUAGGUGAGGGUGCCACUGAGCCGGUUGAUGAGUUUGAAGGCAUUGAAGACUUUUUCGGCAGCAGCAGCAGCAGCACCAGCAGCGAAGAUUCUAACGGGUCCCCCAUCCAACAGGGUUUGACCCGAAACAGGGCCACAAGAAGCUAUUAUUUAAGAGGGCGCGCAGUACGGGACGGUGUCAUUGCGCGCUUUGGCACCACCCGUGCGCAGCACUACGAGUACUUGAGGAGGGUGCGCCGGCGGUUGCGACGCCAACAGCAUCGUUGGUAG